AUGGCAGCUCCAUCGGCACCUCUAAACCUGUGCACAGUGCUCAACGAAUCGAAGCGCAUAGUCAACGCCCACUCCCGCCACUUCUUAGCCCUCUCAGUCCUCUUCCUUCUCCCUCUCUGUUUCUCCUCCAUCGUCUACCCAACAGUCCAAAACCUCCUCACCGAUCCAUCCCCAAACAACUCCAAGAUAUUCCUCCAAAUUUCUACUUUCAAUCCUCAUCAACACCAACCCAUCAUCGCCACCAAACCCCUUUGUGUCGCUCUAUCUUUCUUCCUCUUCAUCUUCGUCUUCUCUCUGUGUGCCGUGGGUUCGAUCACCUACAGCGUAUUUCACGGAUUCUAUGGCCGACCCGUCAAACUCAUCUCCGCAAUCAAAUCCGUUUUAUCCUCCUUCUUCCCUUUAUUGGGUACUGUUCUUGUUUCCCAGAUCCUUGUCUUAUUGGUUUUCACUGUUUUUGGGCUAGUGUUGUUUUUGGUGGUUCGAGGGGCUGAGCUGAUGGGUUUUCAGAUGGAGUACAAUUCCCCUUAUUUUAUUGGGUUUUUAGCUGUUCUUGCUAUGGCUCUGUUUCUCGUUUUGCUCUAUCUUCAAGUGAAUUGGACCCUAGCUUCUGUGGUGGUUGUGGUGGAAUCAAAUUGGGGGUUUGGAUCCUUAACUCGAAGCACGAAUCUGAUCAAGGGAAUGAGAGGGGUAGCCUUGUCUUUGAUGCUGUUUUUCGGGUUUUUCUUGUCGAUUUUGGGGUUCUGUAGUUGGGCUUCGGCAUUGGAUUUGGAUGGAGAUACUGAUGGUUGGAAGAGUUGGGCAUUUGUAGUGCAAAUUGUGGUGACUUCCACUUCUCUUAUGCUGCUAAUGCUUUACAACACGGCAGCGAACACGGUGUUGUAUAUGUAUUGCAGGGCUCUUAACGGCGAGCUCGCCAUGGAAAUUGCAGAGGAGUUUGCGACGGCGUAUGUGAGCUUGCCCUUCGACGAUGGAAAGGUCCCUCAUCUUGUUUCUGUUGCCUAUACUUGA